AUGCAGGACGCCUACCUGAUGCCAGCCAGCCAGGCCAGCGGUCGCCAGUCAAGUGCGGACUAUCGACCAAGCAUAAAAAAGGCCCAAGGUCAUGUCCCCGCCUGUUUGGUAAAUGCCUCGGUGACGUACUGCCGCAAUGAUCGCAUAUAUGCCUUCGGAGGAUUUGACCAGUUUACCGAUGAAGUCUACAAUCACGUGCUCAAGUUGGACUUGGAGACUUUACGGUGGGAGCUCGUUGACAACUAUGGGGAUAUCCCCGGAGUUCGCAUGGGACACACGGCGACAUUAUAUCAGGGGGACAAGUUGAUCGUGUUCGGAGGUGAAAAUGAGCAUCGCGAGUACCUUUCCGACGUCGUCAUCCUUGAUUUGAAUACUUUCCACUGGACACUCCCUGAGAUUCGCGGAUCGAUCCCGCGUGGCAGAGCCCGUCAUGCUGCCGUUAUUCAUGAAGACAAGCUUUUUAUUCUUGGAGGGGUGACAGGUGUGGGUGGGGUCACGGGAGACAAGAAUGUAAUCCUGGACGACUUGACCUAUUUGGAUCUACAAACAUGGACAUGGUCUCGGACAUGGAGCUUUACCGCUCGCUUCGAUCAUACGGCUUGGGUUUGGGGUACACGCCUUUGGAUCUUCGGUGGGUUGGGUCCAAACAUGGAACGAACGACCGAUAUAUGGUGGCUCGACCUCAAAGGAUCUCCAUCGCUGGCCGGAAACACUACUCCCAAAGGUAGCGUCAACCCCCUGGCUUGCAAUAUUUCCACAUCUCAUCUUCCAGAUUCCGCAUCUAGCAGCCCUCAUCAAAUGUCUCCUCGCUCUGGAAUCUACGCCGCAAAUUCAGGUAGUGUGCAGGUGCGCAACCUGAGUCGACGCAAGCUAGUCGCGCCUGGUGCCAUUUCAUGCCUCCGGUUUGACUCUGGCGCCCAUGUCCCCUCCCUGUUUUCUGGGACUCAUUUUCAUUCAUUUGCCUCUGGUGUCCUACUUGAUCUGAUUACGCCGUCGGAGACUGUGCGGUCGCAUGAUUGCAACCUGUCAGCUUUAGAACUCAAUUCGCUGCGCUGGCAGCGGCUGGCUGAUGGCCAAGAGAUAUUCCGACCAGGCUACCGAUGGCACUACUGUACCAUCAAUGAUGCGGGGACUAAAGCGUGGCUCUUGGGGUGCAGUCUUGAUGCCGCGAAUGUACCAGGGGGAAGCGACGAGAAUCACAUGAGCGAAAUCCUAACCAUUGACCUGGAGAAGUAUGGCUUGUUAGGUAACGGCCUGUCGGCAGAAGCUCCGGAGCAAGAUGCACCCUGGCCAUCUGAUCAAAUGGGCCCCUCUCAGGUCUCCGGGCUUGGAGCCGACCUAGCCGCCGUUUUUGACAAACCCCCUGAGUCGGGAAGUGGUGCUGAUUUUGUCAUCACUGCUAUUCGUGAUGACCAUGAUGGCUCGGUAUCAGAAGACAUGGGUGAUACGCCACCCGUUUCCCCAACCCAGGCCCAGCCGACCUUCGUGGAAACGAACCCCUGGACCUCGGAGCCUAUUCACAUCCAUCGAAUCAUUUUGCAGCUUAGGUGGCCACAUUUCAAACGCCUGUACUCCGCCCAAAUGGCAGAGUACCACACUAAGCGAAUGCACAUCCCCGAACCUUACUCUGUGGUACGCGCGUUUCUUUACUACCUGUAUACUGACAGUAUCGCUGGGCAUCCAGAGUAUUGCUCCAGUGUUAUUGAUGUGGCCGGUAUGCUUGUGAUGGCCAAUCUUUACGACAUGCCAAAACUUCGCCUGCUCUGCGUCAACCGACUAAGUCGAGAGCUUGAUGUAGACAAUGCAGCUAUUGUCUGGGAGCGCGCAGGACGAACCAAUGAACACUGGCUGAUGCGCCGAGCCGCACAGUUCUGCCUAACAUAUUGGGGUCGCGUGGUGCGGACAGAUGGCUUCAAAUCCCUCAGCCACCAGAGUUUGAUCCAGCUCUGUGAGGUAGUGGAUACAGAAGGUCGCAUCAUUGCAGGCCCCGAGUUGGAGAUGGUUAACUUCGGAGCAGAUGGCCUGGAAGACCGAGACAAAGGUUCUCGACCGCGACUGGGAUCAACUGCUGACGAGAUGUCCGAGGUUGACGCAGACGAUGAAGGAAUGGAAAUCUCAUGA